AUGCUCCGAGCUGGAACAACCAAAUUGGCCCAGGCGGCUCAAUUGCCCGUGUGUGAGCAACAGCGAGGAAUGGCUACCCUGAAGGACAUCUCAAUCCGUCUCAAGUCCGUCAAGAACAUCCAGAAGAUCACCAAAUCGAUGAAGAUGGUUGCCGCCGCGAAAUACGCGAAAGCCGAACGAGAUCUCAAGGGAGCCAGAGUGUACGGAGUUGGUUCGACGGCGUUUUUCGACAACAUCGACGGGAAAAAGGAGGAGUCCACCGAGCAAAAGAAGAAGCAAUUGCUCGUUUUGAUGACCUCCGAUCGUGGCCUUUGCGGAGCCGUGCACUCUUCGAUUGCCAGGGAGGCAAAGAGCAUCUUGAACAACAAACCGGCCGAUGUUGACUACAAACUCGUGUGCAUUGGUGACAAGUCGCGUGCCGCUUUGCAACGCCUUUUCGCAAAGCACAUCGUCUUGAGCGGCAGUGAGAUCGGUCGUGCGCCACCAACUUUCGAGGAUGCGGCCAUUGCUGCUGAUGCCAUUCUCAACUCGGGGCUUGACUUCGAGGAAGGAAACAUUGUUUUCAACAAGUUCAAGUCGGUCGUCUCCUACCAAACAUCAAAGCUUCCAAUUCUUCCCUUGGAGGCCGUGAAAGCUAAGGAGGCGCUCAACUCUUACGACUCCGUUGAUGAUGACGUCUUGCAAUCGUACACCGAGUACGCUCUGGCUCAGCUUAUUUAUUAUGCGAUGAAGGAGAAUGCCACCUCGGAGCAGAGCUCUCGGAUGACUGCCAUGGAUGGUGCAUCAAAGAACGCCGGAGAGAUGAUUAGCAAAUUGACUCUGGCUUUCAACCGAACGCGUCAAGCUGUGAUUACCCGUGAAUUGAUUGAAAUUAUUUCCGGAGCCGCCGCUGUU